AUGAAAGCUCUCCUAUAAUAAACUAUGUAGUAAAUUAAAUUAGACUAAGAAUUAAAGAAACUUUUAGCUAAUAGAAGUGAUUCCUAAGAUAUUUUAAUGAAGUAUAAAAUGUGAUUACUUAUAAUAGAUUAUAAUCAAUUUUUGAAUAAGCACUUGAUGAUCAUACAGAAUUAUAUUGGAAGAAAGAACAUUCUCAUACUAAAGCUUAAUUAGAAUGUUCUAUUUAAGAAUGUCUUUCAUUAAGACAUGAUUUAAGAGAAAUGGAUGAAGAUAGAACAGAAAAAAAAAAAAUAAUCAAAGAACAAAAUAAAUAAAUAGAUGAAUUGUAAGUAGCUUUAGGAGAUAUAGAAUAAAAGUUAAAUAUUAUGCAAGAAAACAUUUUAUAGUAAAAAUAAGGAUUAGCUGAGGAAUUUGAACAAAAUUUGAAUUAAAUAUAAGAUAGUUAUAAAUAAAAAGAAUAAGAGUAAUGUUAAUUUUUAUAAUAAAAAUUGGCAGAAUUAGAAUAAGUAGUUAGUGAUUAAUAGGCAGCUUUAACAAAAGAAAGAGAGAUAUAAUAGCAUGUUGGAAAGGAUUUUAAAUAGGUAAAGGCAUAAUUGAAAACUGAAUAAGAAACAGUUGCUUCAUUAAGGUAAUAAAUGUAAAAUAUGAAAAAAACUAAUGAAACUAUUAGUAUUGAUAAAUAAAGUUUAGAAAAUAGAUCAAAAUAAUUAAAAUAAUAAAAUGAAACAUAAUACAAAUAAAUAAAGUCAUUAGAAACUAAAUUAAUAGAUUUGAAUGAAGAAAUAGAAAGGUAUAAGAAAAAGAAUUAGUAGGAUUAGACUAAUCUAAAGACAUAAUAAAAUGAAUAAGAAAAAGUAUAUAGAAGGAAAUUACGAAAUUAUAAAUUAAAGGUAGAUGAAAUUAAAAAUAAAAUUAAAAUAAGUAUGCAAAAGAUAUUCUCAAGUCUAAAAUUAGAAAUGGAAACUUUUAAAUUAUAAAUCUAAAAAAAUUUAUAAUUGAUUUCAACAUAAACUUGUUAAAUUGUUUCUAAAUAAUUGAAAUUUGAUUAUGAGUUAACAUAAAGAGAUUAUUCUGAUAAAAUGGAAUAAAUUAGAUAUACUAUGCAAUCACAUUUUAAAAACACUUUAGAAAAAUAAAUUUAAGAAUUUGAAUCUAAAGAAAUGCAAAUGAAGAAUGAAUAUGAAUUAAUAAUUAAGAAUUUAAAAUCAUAAAUAUAAGGUCUUGAAGAUAUUUAAAAAGAUUUAGAAAGUGAAAUUUAAUUAAAAUAAAUAGAAAAUUAAGAACAUUAAUUGAAUUUAUAAGAAAAAGUAAAAUUAUUGACUGAAUAAUAAAAAGAACUAUAAGAAUUAUCAGAUCAAGCUAAAAAUUAAUUGAAUUUAUUAUUAGAAUAAGAAAAUUAGAUUAAAUAAUUGAAAGAAUAAAAUGAAAAGUUUUAACGUAAAACAAUGUAAUAUGAGGAUUAUGUAAGUAAAUAAGCAAUUUUAUAUUAAACUUAAAAGACAGAGGAAAAAAUGUAUAAAAAGUAGUUUGAAGAUGUAACAGAAUCUAAUUAGCAUUUAAGAAAAUAAAUAAAAAUAUUAUAGGAACAAUAAUAAUGUGAUUCAUUUGCAAUAAAUAAACUAAAAACUUAAGUAUCUUCAGCAAAAUUAAAUACUGUUAAGGAUGCAGAUGAAAGACAUUUAAUAAGACUUUAAAAUAUAAGAAAAAUCUGA